AUGUCUUACAAACCGAACUUGACCGCGCACAUGCCCGCCGCCUCCCUCAACGCCGCCGGGAGCGCCCACCCGCCCCCCGCCAGCAUGGCCGCGUCGUCACAGUACCGCCAGCUGCUGAGCGACUACGGGCCGCCAUCUCUAGGCUACACCCAGGGCACUGGGAACAGCCAGGUGCCCCAGAGCAAAUAUGCCGAGCUGCUGGCCAUCAUUGAAGAGCUGGGGAAGGAGAUCAGACCCACCUAUGCGGGCAGCAAGAGUGCGAUGGAGAGACUAAAACGAGGCAUCAUCCAUGCCCGAGGAUUGGUGCGGGAGUGCCUGGCUGAAACGGAACGGAACGCCAGGUCCUAG